CUCCCCAAGGCCCAAAGCUUUUUUUUAAAACCAAAACGCUCCUCCGCCACCACAACUACAAGAAACAUCAGUCUAGGGUUUACAGACACACUCUCUCUCCCUCUCUCUCUCAUCUCAACUCUCUCUCAUUGUUAUGGAUACUGCAGUUCGUAAUCGCACAAUUUCUAUCAAAUUGUGGCCCCCAAGCCAAAGUACAAGGCUAAUGCUUGUAGAGCGAAUGACCAAGAAUCUUACUACUCCCUCCAUCUUAUCUAGGAAGUAUGGUCUUCUUGAUAUAGCAGAAGCCGCAGAAGAUGCUAAGAAAAUAGAAACCGUGGCGUAUGAAGCUGCAAACCAGCAUUUUGAGAAGGAGCCAGAUGGCGAUGGGAGCUCGGCAGUGCAACUUUAUGCUAAAGAAUCCAGCAAGCUUAUGCUAGAAGUAAUCAAAAGAGGUCCUCAGCCAAAAGAGAACGGUAAAGCAAUUGAAUCUGAGGAAGUUGCAGUAUCUCACAAUACCUUUUUUGAUAUAUCUGGAGGUCGUCGAGCCUUUAUUGAACAUGAGGAGGCUACUGAACUUUUAAAGCCAUUAGGGGAGCCUGGAAGUAAAUUCACAAAGAUAUGUUUCAGCAAUAGAAGUUUCGGCUUAGAUGCUGCUCGUGUUGCUGAAGAAUUUCUAUCAUCUCUUAAGGAUCAAUUGAAAGAAGUCGAUCUUUCAGAUUUUGUUGCAGGAAGGCCGGAGACAGAAGCUCUAGAAGUGAUGACCAUAUUUUCAUCUGUUUUGGAUGGUUGUGAUCUGAGGUUUUUAAAUCUUUCUGAUAAUGCCUUGGGCGAAAAGGGUGUAAGGGCAUUUGGGAGCCUGUUGAAGUCACAGCGCAAUUUGGAGGAACUUUAUCUGAUGAAUGAUGGUAUCUCUGAGGAAGCUGCACAAGCAGUGCGUGAAUUGAUCCCUUCAACCGAAAAGCUGAGGGUCCUCCAGUUUCAUAAUAACAUGACAGGUGAUGAAGGUGCAAUUGCGAUCUCACAACUAGUGAAAAAUUCCCCAUUGUUGGAAGAUUUUAGGUGUUCUUCCACUAGGGUGGGAUCUGAAGGGGGAGUUGCUUUAGCUGAAGCACUCGAGAUAUGCACCCAUUUAAAAAAGCUAGAUUUGCGUGACAAUAUGUUUGGCGUUGAAGCUGGACUUGCCUUGAGCAAAACCCUACCUGGAUUUGGCAAUCUUAUUGAAGUUUACCUGAGUUACCUUAAUUUAGAGGAUGAGGGAGUUAUUGCUCUUGCGGAAGCUCUCAAAAAGUCUGCCAAUUCACUUCAAGUUCUGGAGAUGGCUGGAAAUGACAUCACUGUCAAAGCGGCUCCUGCUUUGGCAAGCUUAAUAGCUGGAGGGGACUCGAUAACUAAAUUAAACUUGUCAGAGAAUGAACUGAAGGAUGACGGAGCUAUAUUAAUAGCCCAGGCUCUGGAGCAAGGGCAUUCUCAACUAAAGGAAGUUGAUUUGAGCACAAAUGCUAUCAGAAGGGUUGGUGCUAGGGCCUUGGCUCAGACUGUUGUAGCCAAACCUGAGUUCCAGUUGCUGAACAUUGACGGGAAUUUCAUUUCUGAUGAAGGUGUUGAUGAGGUCAAGGUUGUAUUUAAAAGUUCCCCAGCUAAAUUGGGUCCAUUGGAUGACAAUGACCCUGAAGGAGAAGACAACAAUGAGGAGGAUGAAGAUGCUGCCAGCGAUGAAGAUGACGAACUGGGAUCCAAACUCCAGGGUCUCGAAAUCAAGCACGAUGAUUAGUUACAACAUGGUAGCCAUCUUGGCAUAUCAUUAUUCCUGGUUUUUUCUUAACGGACUAAUGUAAGCAAAAAGUUGUGAAGCUGCUGUUGUAUUAUUCUCAUAUUGAAGUAGACUAGGAGGAACCAUAUCUUUUUAUUUAUUGAACUCUAAAAGACCUGGUACCUUCUUUAAUGUGAUGUAUGCUUAAGUAGAGCUGAUGACUAUUUGGUUCUUUA